GAGAACAAAACAUCUCAUGAUAUGGAUAUUGGCCUGAGUAUAACCAAUAGCUCAGGGUUUCAAGUCUCUGAGUUCAUCCUGAUGGGGUUCCCAGGUAUUCAUGAGUGGCAGCACUGGCUCUCCCUGCCCCUGGCUCUGCUCUACCUUUUAGCUCUUGGUGCCAAUCUUUUCAUCAUAAUCACCAUUCAACAUGAGCCCAUGCUACAUGAACCCAUGUACCAUUUGCUGGGCAUAUUGGCAGUAGUGGACAUUGGCCUGGCCACUACCAUCAUGCCCAAGAUCCUGGCCAUCUUCUGGUUCGAUGCCAAGCCCAUCAGCCUCCCUGAGUGUUUUGCUCAGAUCUAUGCCAUCCACUCUUUCAUGUGCAUGGAGUCAGGCAUCUUCCUCUGUAUGGCAGUGGAUAGGUAUAUGGCCAUUUGUUAUCCCCUUCAGUACCCUUCCAUAGUCACUGAAGCUUUUGUCAUCAAAGCCACUCUGUCAAUGGUACUCAGGAAUGGCCUGUUGACCAUCCCAGUGCCAGUAUUGGCUGCCCAGCGACACUACUGCUCCAGGAAUGAGAUUGAUCACUGCCUGUGCUCUAACUUGGGGGUCACAAGUCUGGCCUGUGAUGACAUCACCAUCAACAGAUUUUACCAGCUGGCCUUGGUCUGGGUUGUGGUUGGGAGUGACAUGGGUCUGGUCUUUGCUUCUUAUUCUUUGAUUAUUCGCUCAGUGUUGAGGCUGAACUCUGCUAAAGCAACAUCUAAGGCCCUGAAUACCUGCAGCUCCCACCUUAUCCUCAUUCUCUUUUUCUACACAGCUAUUAUUGUAGUGUCUGUCACUCACCUGGCAGGAAGAAGGGCUCCCUUCAUCCCUGUUCUCCUCAAUGUGCUGCAUAUUGUCAUGCCCCCAGCCAUUAACCCCAUGGUAUAUGCUCUUAGGACCCAGGAGCUAAGAGCGGGCUUCCAGAAGCUGUUUGGUUUGGGUAAGCAUGUGUCCAGGAAAUGAGAUAACUUUAAAUAGCAAAAUAUUAUAUGCAAUACUGAAGAAAGAGCACAGUCUUUGAAGUCCAAUGGACCUUGGCUAAAAUUUCAUCUCUCCCAAUUGCUGGAACAUCGAUUCAACUUAAUUCAUCUGUAUUGUAUAGAACAUAGUAUGUGCAAGCCAUUGCUGCAAGCAUUUCCCAUAUAUUAACUUUUUUAAUCCUGUAACAACUGUAUGAAGCAAGCAUAAUUGUUAUUUAUACACUUUGCUGAUAGGGAAAUGGAGUUGGGAAACUUGCCCACAGUCACAGAGGAAGGAAGUUGCAGAGCGAGAUUUGAACUGAUGCAAUCAGGCUUCAGUAUCCCGUCUCUUUAAUUCUUUCUCUCUAUUUAAACUCACUACUAAUUUUUAAAAUACAAAUUAAGAUAAACAAGGUAAAAUUACGUAUUACUUCUUUUUAAUAAAAGAAAAUUCAUUUUAAAGUUGGCCACAAUUUUUCUCUCUAGUGGUAAGUAGAGUAGACUUUAAAUCUUCUAGAAAGAGUCAUUCUAGUGGACCUGCUUAUGUAGAUGUAAUAAAGAAUUUGACGGAAAUUAUUUCGUCACUUCACAAACUCUGUACCAACUGUUGAGUUAACUUGCAUUACAGCUCUAAAAGGAAUAUCCCAACCACUUUUUUA